AAAAUCUCAAACCACAGCGAUGUGUGCGUGUGCGUGUGAAAGACCUAUCGUGCGCCCUUGACCAGUGCCAUCAUUCCAUAGCCUAUAUAAAUACAACAAGUGCGUUUGCAAGCUCCGUUUGAGCUCCACACAGAGGACAACAGCAAGAGUCCGUCCGUUCAGCUAUCAAUCAAACAGGGUACAGGGUAGCCUGUAGACACAGUGCACGCAAUCAAAGCUCUCCUACCCUUCCCACCCGGCUUCUCUCUUUCGAUCAACCAAGCGGCCGAUACGAUGCGUUGCGCACGACGCCACCAAAGCCGUCAACAUCUCGCGCGGACGGCACUGUCAGUUGCGCUGACGGUUCUGCUUAUCGCCACCACCGCCGCAGCGGCAGCCGUAGCAGCAGCAGCAUCAGCAUCAUCUGCAUCAUCAUCCACAUCCGUGCCGCCGACCGAGCAGGGUGACGCGACCGACACGAUGCAGAACCUCUCGACGCACAUUCUCGACACGACGCGGGGCAAACCGGCCCCGGAGGUGCCGGUCACGCUGUACGUGCGCGCCGCGAGCCAAUCCUGGACGAAGGUGUCCACCGGCAUCACCGACGGGGACGGCCGGUUCCGCAGCUUCUUCGCCGACGGCCAGCCGGGGCUGGCGGCGGGCGUGUACAAGCUGCACUUUGACGUGGGCCCGUACUUCCGGAGCCGCAGCGUCGAAAGUCUGUACCCGUUCAUCGAGAUUGUGUUUACCGUGGCCGAUCCGACCCAGCACUACCACAUCCCGCUGCUGCUCAACCCGUUCGGUUACUCCACGUACCGUGGCUCAUAGUUAGCGUGUUUGUAAGGGUGCUCUUCCCUCCCAGCCAAUAAAUCGCUUGCACCACUGAUCUGAUUUGCACCAACGAAAA